GGAUUACAUAAUUAUGUUAGCAGACCUAUUUCCAUUUUAUAAGGAGAAGAAGGAGAAUUCUUAUAUGUUGUUUGGAAAAUAGAAUAAUAAAGAUCAUGCCGAUUUGUUUACUACUUUUAGAACUAAAUUAAAAGAAAAAUUCAGAAACAUCAUCAAUCAUUUUCUAAAUAAAUUGCAAUUAAAACAAGACGCUGAAUAACUAAUAAAAAAUAAUUUAAGCAAUUUUUAUAUAUGGAAAAACCCAAAACAGGAAGUAGAAGUUUAUUUCAUAGAUGAAUCAUUAACCUCAGAAAUAAAAUAUAAAAAUUAAAUUUCAGAUGAUACAUAUAAAUAAUUUUAUGGCAUUUUGUUGAGUCUCAGUAAUUUAAACAUUUAAGACAACCAAGAAGAAAUUGUUGAUACCAAUUUUUAUAAGCAAAUCGAUUAAUUGUAUCAUAAGAUUGCUAUAGUGAUUUAAAAUGAAUAAAAAAAAGGUAAUACAGACUAACAAUUUACAGCCUUAAAGAUUCUAACUAGAAACGCUUUCAUUUUAAGACCAAGCGGAGACAUGUAAUCAAUUUAUAUUAAAUAGAAUUAAAUUACCAAAAAUAAGCAAUGAUAUUUAUAAUUUCUAUGAUACUAAUGUCUACAUAUCCACUCGAAUUCCUUUUUGUAAUCCUCUCCAAGGAGACCAAGAUUAAACAGUGUUCAAAUAUACAGGACCAAUUGAUUAAUUAACUUAUCUACCUAAUGGAUAAGGAGUCCUUGAUUGUGAAGGAACCUUUGAAUUUAAGUGCAAGUUUGUGGAUGGAUUAGCAAAUGGAAAAGGUACUUUGGAUAUGAAAUUUUAAAAACAAAAGUUUGAAGGUAAUUUUUAGAAUGGACUCAAACAUGGAAAUUCGAUAACUAGUAAUCCCAAUUAAACCAAUACCUCAGGAUAUUAUUAUAAUGGUAUGAAAUAAGGAUUAUUUGUAAUUUCAACUUAGAAUGGAACCCAAAUAUAGAAAAUCUGUUAUAAGAAUGAUCAAAUAGAGAAAGGGUAUGAAUAUAAAUUUGAUGAAAAUACAAUCUCUACGAGAUAUUUAGUUAAUCAUAAAGAUAUUUCAAUCAAUAAUCACUUUUUUGCUGGUUUGACUAGUGAGAAUUGGAUAAAUUAAAUAUUAAUAGACUUUUAUAUGUGUCUCCUAACUGAUUAUUAUAAAAACAUAAAUAAGGAAUAGAUCUAUCUAUUCAAUACGGCUUAGUCGCAAGAUUUAUUUACAAGCCAAAUCAGCUAAAUAGAUCAGAAAAAUAUUAAAUUACCAUUAAGGUAUGAAUAAGUAAUUAAGGGGUGCUAAAAGUAUAAAAAAAUCAUAUUUAUUUUGAAUGCUGAUUAAAUACACUUUUUAGUCUUAGUAUACUAAAACAAAACCUUGUAUAUGCUUAACUCCUAUAAUAAUUAAAAUGAUAAACAAAUAUUAUCCGUUGUAGCAUCUAUAUUUCCUAUAUAACUCAAUUUAUAAUGUGUUUAAGUUGAAUAGUAGAAGAAUACUUACGACUGUUCUUUAUAUUCAAUUUACAAUGUGAUGCUGUAAUAUAAAUAUUGUAAUGUUGAUGUUGAUAAGAUUGAUUAUAGAGUAUCUUUCAAGUACAUAAAAAAGCUGAGAUUGCAUCUGAAAAAUAUUAUAAGCAAUGAUUAUGCCCACAUAAUCCUUCAUCAAGAUUGA